UAUUGUGAUAGGCAUAUUCAUUUGGUUGAACAUGGACGCUCUUUACUCCAACAUCCAUUACUAUCUUGUUGAACAUCCAACAAUAAGCCAAUUUGAAUGGAAACAAGGUCACACUUUUGGUUCUUCCAUUUCUUUUCUUACUAUUUCCGUCUCUGUUUACUUGUGUCUGACUCUCUUGUCGAUUCGUUUUUCUGCAUUUAUCCCUACCCUUACUACCACCACCAUUCGCAACAUUACCGCGAUCCAUAGCCUCAUUCUUUGUCUCCUCUCUCUACUCAUGGUCAUUGCCGGCAUCCUUUCUGUCUUACACCAAAUGCCACCUCAUGAUUGGAAGUGGAUCGUAUGUUUUCCAGGUGCCAAUCAUACUCUUCCACGUGGGCCUGUGUUCUUUUGGAUUUAUAUUUGUUAUCUCUCAAAAAUUCUUGAAUUUAUUGAUACACUUUUAAUCGUCCUAAGUAGUUCUAGAUCAAGAAGGUUAUCAUUCCUUCAUGUCUAUCACCACACACUUGUGACGGUUCUUGGCUAUAUUGGACUUCAAUAUGCACAGUCCAUGUUGGGACUUGCUCUUAUAGUCAACGCUUCGAUUCAUGUUAUAAUGUAUGCAUAUUAUUUCCUAUCCGCGAUAGGAAAAAGGCCAUGGUGGAAAAAAGUGGUGACAAAUUGUCAAAUAUAUCAAUUUAUGCUAGGGUUUAUAAUAUCGGCUUUGAUGUUGUAUUAUCACUUUACAACUGAGUUUGGAUGCACUGGAGUUGGAGCAUGGUGUUUUGGUAUUGUUUUUAAUGCAUCAUUAUUAGUGCUCUUUCUUGAUUUUCAUUCCAAGAAUUAUAACAACAACGUCAAGAAAGAGCUCUAAUUUAUGAUUAAGUUAAAGUGGCGGUCAUGUCUCGCAUGUGCCCAAGUAUAGUGACUGCUAUCAUGUUUUCUCCUAAUUUUAUCAAUUCCAGACUCAAGUGUGUGUUCAUUCAUCUUCAUUCCAAACAAAGGCGAGCAUCUCCUUUGUAUCCAUUGCUUAUCUCUAUUGCUUAUCUACUUUGUAGUUUUUAAAAAUUUUAUUUGAUUUUCCAUUUGAUGUUAGAUGCUCUUAUUAUUGAAGUUUCAGUUAAAUUCAAAUUAAACUUCAAGUUUCAUUUUUUGUUA